AUGCACGUCGAGCAACAAGGAGAAGCUCCGCGCGAGGCGCAGCACCGGUCGCAGAAGAACGGCCUGAGGGCGACGCUCGCGCUCGCCUACAUCAGCGUCGGCGUCAUCUACGGCGAUAUCGGCACGAGUACACUCUACACCGUGAACGGCAUCUUUCCCUCGUCAGGACCGAUGCCCUCGCGCGAAAACAUCGUCGGCGGCAUCAGCGCAAUCCUUUGGGCCAUUAUCCUCGUCCCCGUCGUCAAGUACUGCCUCAUCGCGCUCGAGUUCGGCACGGCCGCCGGCGAGGGCGGGCCUUUCGCCGUCUGGACGGCGCUCUUCCCGCCGCGAGAGUCCAAGACCGAUGGGUGGCGCACCCUCACGACGUACAGCCUCGCCACCGCUCCCCCGUCCUCGCACGCCGUCACCUCGUUCCUCCACCGGCCGUUCGUCAAGACGGCCCUGUUCGUCCUGUCGCUCCUCGGCGUCGCCCUCACCAUCAGCGACGGCCUCUUGACGCCGGCCGUCUCGGUGACGAGCGCCGUCGUCGGCCUCUCGUACGGCGCACCUGGCGCGGCGUCGUCGGUCGUCGGCAUCUCGUGCGGCAUCCUCUGCGUCCUGUUCCUCGCCCAGCCGUUCGGCACCAAGAAGCUCGGCCUCCUGUUCUCGCCCGUCGUCACGAUCUGGCUCCUCAUCAACGCCGGCGUGGGCAUCGUCAACAUCACGCACUACCCGGGCAUCUUUCGCGCGUUCGACCCGUCGCGCGCCGUCAUGCUCUUCGUGCGCACGGGCAACUACGACCUUCUCGGCGGCGUCAUCCUGUGCAUCACCGGCGUCGAGGCCCUCUUCGCCAAUCUCGGCCAGUUCAGCAAAGGGUCGAUCCGCCUCGCCUUCUGCUGCCUCGCGGCGCCGUGCCUCAUGCUCCAGUACCUCGGCCAAGGCGCCAAAUUGAUCGUCGGCGGCGAAGCUGUCCUUCAAAACGUCUUCUUCAACUCGAUCCCGGGCGGCACCGGCGGCGGCCUGUGGUGGUUCGUGUGGAUCUUUGCGGUCCUCGCGGCCGUCAUUGCCAGUCAAGCCAUGAUCACGGCCACGUACUCGCUCGUGCAGCAGCUCACCUCGCUCCACGUCAUGCCGCCCGUCAAGAUCGUCCACACGGACGACACCUCAAAGGGCCGCAUCUACGCGCCCGGCAUCAACGUCCUCCUCCUCAUCGGCACUAUCGGCCUCACGUGCGGCUUCGGCACCGAAGUCGGGCUCACCAACGCUUACGGGUUCGCCGUCUCGGGCGUCAUGUUGAUCACGACCCUCACGUUGGCGCUCGCGAUGGUCCAGCUCAAGGGCAUGCCCGUCGUCGUCGCGCUCGCGUACUUUCUCGCCGCCGCCUUUAUCGACGCCCUCUUCUUCGGCGCCUCGCUCAAGAAGGUCCCGCACGGCGCCUGGUUCCCUCUCGGGCUCGGCGCCGUCCUCCUCGUCGUCUUCAUCUUCUGGGCCUGGGCAAAGGGCCUCGAGGACAAGUUCGACGCCGGUCACCGGUACCGCCUGUCCGAGAUCAUGCGCCCUCGGCUCGAGCGCGAGACGGACGGCCCGGCCGGCGAGCACGACGCCGACGAUGAGAAGCUGUCGCCCGAAGUGGAGCAGGACAUCACCGUCGCCGGCGGCGACGACGACGGCGAGAAUCGGUCGCCUCGGGCGCCGCAGGGCAUCUCGGUCCUCGACGGCCGCCACGGCAACAUCGGUACCGCCGGCGCCGAGCUUCGACAGCGUCGACUCGCCUUGCCGGCGUACGAGGCGGCGGCGGGAGGCGCGUCGCUCGCCCGCCUGCCCGUCUUUGCGCUGUUCCACAACCACUCGUCGUCGAGCUCGGAUGGCGCGCCGCACUCGUUCACCGCCUUCGUGCGCAGCUACCCGGCCCUGCCCCAGGUCAUCGUCUUUCUGACUGUCCGAGUCGUCGGCGUCCCUCACGUCGCGUUCGACGACCGGUUCCUCGUCGACCGUCUGCGCCGGUUCGACGGCCUGUUCACCGCGGUCGUCUCGUUCGGCUACCGCGACAAACUCGACCUGUCGACCAUCGCGCCGCCUCUGCGCGACCGUAUCGUCGCACUCGAGUCGAGGGCGCAGCAGAACGCCGACGAGCUCAAGGAGAAGGUCCGCAAGAUCGACGAGGCUCUCGCCGGCGCCGUCACGCACAUCCUGCCGCAGUUCUACGUCUCGGCCGACCGUGCGCCCGGUCCUCGUCGUCCUCGCGUCGUGCGCGCCAUCCGCCGCUUCCUCCUCGAGGAGGUCUAUCGCCGAUUUGCGCGCAACUUCGACGCGUACGAGCAGUUCAAGUUCGCCUCGCCAGAGGACUGCCUGCGGAUGGGCGUCUCGGCGGUGCUCUGAGACGAGCGAGUUGGCCUUCUCAACGGCGAGGAGGGGGCCGAGGUCCCUCUUGUACCACUCUUUGACUUUCCGAGAUCUUUGCAAUUUAUAGACGCACUGUGCACGACA